AUGGACUAUUCGAGUCUCCGUGCUGCAGCUCUGCGGGACGGUGAGGACGAAGAAGCCGUCACUGUCGAUACUCGCGCGUUGAUAGAUAAAGUCCUGGCCAGAUAUUCCGGAGAAUGGACCACACUACGAGAGCUCAUACAAAACGCUGCCGAUGCGCAGGCAACAACGGUUACAGUAAAGUGGGAAACCAUACCAUCAACUCAAGUUCCUCUUCCUAGUUCGACAAGCCGGUCCGACUUGUUGAAGCAUGUCGUAGCAAAUCAUACGUUGCGCCGUCUGGUUGUGCAGAAUGAUGGCCAGCCAUUUACAAAAACAGACUGGGGUAGACUGAAGCGGAUAGCCGAGGGCAACCCGGACGAGACCAAGAUCGGAGCCUUUGGCGUCGGGUUUUACAGCGUGUUUGCGGACUGCGAAGAGCCAUUCAUCAGCUCCGGAAGCGAAGCCAUGGCCUUCUACUGGAAAGGGAACUCCCUCUUCACCAAGAAAUCUCAACUGCCAGACGGCAAAGCUAGCCGCCACACGACAUUUGUGCUGGAUUAUCGGAACACGACAACACCGAUGCCGAACCUUCUUUCCGUCAGUCAGUUCCUUGCCACCAGCUUGACCUUUGUCGCGUUGCAAACCAUCGAGUUUUGGAUCGAUGAUUACCAGAUACUGUCCCUGCGGAAAAAGUCGUCUCCUGCUGCGCAUAUGUCGCUCCCUCGAGAUCUGGAAGCAAGGACGAAGGAAGGUCUGAUGAAGGUCGUCGGGGUUGAACGUAUAAGCACCCAGAUUGCUGCGUCUUACAUGAGUGCCAUAGGGUGGAAACCGCAAUCGCAAGCGUCAAUCACCAAAUGUUCCGAAUCAUACGGAUCAAAUGAGCCGUCUUCUUUGAGAUCUUUCUUUGCCCGGCUAACAGCCAGUGCCUCACAAGCUGGUUUGAAAACAAAGUCACAGUCCGAGGACAGCCUUGCCCAGCCGCAGAUAGCGGAGGAUGUCACAAAGGUACACUCGUCUUCGAUAUAUCUGAGUGCCACUUCGGCUGCUAUACAGACCAACAUUUCCUCCUCUUUCGCCUCCGAACUCGAAAGAGCGACAAAGAAACUGCCGCCAAAAGCCACCAAAAUUUCGAUUCUCACUUCCUCCUUUGACGAGGCAGGAGCGCCAGAGGUUUCAGCCGCCGAUUCGGCAUUCAGAAAGGCAACAGAUGUGUUUGCCACUGUGUUGCCGAAUAAAAAGCCUGGCGGCCGUAUCUUCAUCGGGUUUCCCACCAUGCAAACGACCGGUGCUGGGUUUCAUGUCUCCGCCCCGUCCGUCAUUCCAACUGUGGAGCGAGAAGCCAUUGAUCUCAACGCAAGAUGGGUUAGGACCUGGAAUGUUGAGCUUCUGAGAGCUGCUGGGGUCGUUUCGAGGCUGGCAUUUUCCAACGAGAUGAGUGACUUGAGUGCCAGGGUCCGAGCCUCGGCCGGAAGCAGCAAAAACAUUCCAUCGAGCACCAUAUCCAAGUACAUGCCUGACGCCCUGCACACCCUCAAAACAUUCACCUUCGGGGACUCAACACCCAGCAACCAAGUUGGCCAGGUCGUGGAGGAGGCUUUCUGGACUUGUUUCAAAAAGGCAUCCAUUGAGGCCUAUUCGAGUCAAGGUGUGCUGCAAACCACACAGGUUCGCCUCGGAUCGGCCGAACUCGACGGUUUCGUGGAAAGCAUACCGGUCGUGCCAGAAGAUAUGAAAAGCAGUCCAUUUGUAAAGAAACUGAUUGAUUUUGGUCUCAUAUCCCACAUUACAGUCACCGAUGUCAAGCGGGAACUAGAAGCCAAAGCUUUGACAAAAGCGCAAAUGAUCAAAUUCAUUUCGUGGGCAGGCAAGAAGAGUUUAAGCGGUGAGCUUGAUCCAGGCAGCCGCGCCGCCCUUAUUGAAGUCGCAGUGGCAACCGUGAGCGAUCAAGACUCUGGCGAGAUUAUUGCGCUUGGCAGCAUAACGAACUAUCUUAGUGACAGCAUUCUUCCUGCCAGCGUACCAGUGCCGCCUACAACAAUACCUUUCUCCUUCACCAUCAACUCCAAUGCUUUUGAAUUGCAAGCACUAGGAUGGGAGCCUCUGGAGGUAUUGCCAUGGUUUCGAUACCUCCUCGACACAUCAAACUCUAGAGCCGAAGCAGAAAGCGUUACAAAGACGCCCAAAUUUUCUCUUCAAGUAUUGAUGAUUCUUUCCAAGAACUGGGACAAGAUAUCCAACAAGGAUAAGGUAACAUUGGCUUCGUUGGUUCAGUCACACCCCAUCAUGCCAACGAAAAUGGGCAUGAGAAAGCCUGGCGACUCCUUUUUCCCCUCUGUCAAACUCUUUGAUGACCUGCCAAUCAUUCAGGGAUGCGAGAAUAUGAAGGAAAAAUUCUUGGCUGCCGUGGGGGUGCGCAAAACUGUUGAUUUGGAAACAAUAUUUACACGGCUGUUGAAUGAUUCGGGAGAUGACGGUCAGAGGAAAUGGAGUCAUAUGGAGCUCAUCAAAUAUCUUGCCUCGGUUCAGAACGACAUUCCCUCUGACGAUUUGAGAAAGCUAAGAGAAUCCAAGUUUUGUCCCGCGGAAGCGGGCCCCCAAGGCAUGACCUCAACCCAGGGCUCCAAGAAACUGUACCGGGUUUCGGAACUGUUUGAGCCCAGAGAUGCUCUUCGGGCCCUCGGCCUUCCCCUACUCAAAUGGCCUGGCCCUCCAGGUAGUUUCCGACCUGGUAGUCCUGAAGCCAGGUUUCUCUCGCUCUUGGGACUUCGUGUCUAUCCCUCGGUACCUGAGCUUGUAGAAAUGAUGUCGUCAAAGGAUGAUGCCCUUCGAACUUCGGCGAUGGCAUACUUCAUCGCCAAUCACCACUCAAACGGCUAUGCGGCUUUUCAUCUCGGCGAUACCCAAAAGUCCUUUCUGCCACUACAAGGCAGCACGCAAUUAGUGAGCCCUUCGAAGUGUUUCACGAAUGAAAGGGCCGCCAUUCUUGGGUUUUCUAUCCUCCGGAAAGACCUCCAUAUUCAUGCAAACAAAUUCGGGGUAGCCUUAAACCCUCCCAUGGUGGAUUGCGUCAACAGAUUGUUGGCAAGUCCCCCUCGUGAUAAACAUUCCGCCACUGCACUCUUUGGCUAUUUUGCCUCUCGGAUUACGGAAGUACGUGAGAGCAGUUUGGCAAAACUUCGAAACGCCUCAUUCAUCCCAGUAUCUCGACCCAGUCCAACCCAGUCGUCAAAGUCUGGUGGUGCGGGCGCGUCUCAUGCAUGCCCAACUCGAGUUUACCUCGGAUCCUCAACCACCUAUGGCGAGAUUUUCGACUUUGUUGACUUUGGCCAGGAGGCGAACGCCUUCUUGUUUCACUGCGGAGCCAAGAGUGAGCCUACCAAGAUAGAAGUCGCCUACAUGGCUUGCAGCGAGCCUGCGAGGCUGCUCAGUGUGCUCAAGAGCCCGGAAAAGUACAUGGAUCUCCUCAAAUCUCUGGCAGAUUCGUCCAGCAACCUGCGUCUCGACAAGGAGUUGUGGCGCAAACUCAAAACGUCCCCCUGUCUGUUGGCAUAUAAAGAGUUGGCAACAAACAAGGCUGACCUGAUUGAGUUUGAAGAGGAGAGUGAGGCGCCUAUUAAACAAUAUCAGCUGGCUUCGCCGAAUCAGAUUGUCGUUGUUGAUGAUAUUAUCAGCUAUCGUCUGUUCAAGGAGCACUUGAUAUGCGCACCAGAGGAAGACACUCUGGAAAGCUUUUACCUCCAGCUCGGGGCCCAGCAGUUGAGCAGCAUUGUCCAAGAGGAUGUUCGUAUUGGUCCUCACACCACAAGGCAGAAGGUUGCUGGGCAGUUAUGCAAGCACGUGGUUGAGAGGUCCAAGAUCUUCCUCCAUGAGUACGCAAGCUACCGGCGAGAUGCUGUCAAACGCGACUCAAAAUGGCUGGAGAAGAACUUGCGGGUUGAGAUGGUGCGCUCAGUAGCACUUCGACGUACUCUGCAAGGCCAACGCCAAUCCCACACUGAGAAACGGUCCGCUGCUGGUGCGUAUGAAGAAGGUGCGUGGGUUCUUUACGUCGCCGACGACGGCCCACCAGACAUGUAUCAGAUCGGACAGGCCGUUUGCCAGAUGGUCUUGAAGCGACCUAGCCAGCAAGCCUAUCUCUUUUUCGAACCGCUCCUCACGCUGGAUCUGUAUGGACUCCGUGCCCGUGGGUACAACGUUGACAGAAUCCUGCGGGCCAAGGCAGCUGAAGCACGUAUCGCAGAGGAGGAGCGGCGCAAAGCCCUGGAGGAAGAGCAGCAGCGGAUACGCGAGAGAGAACAAAGCUGGGCCCAGCAAGGGAAUACGAAUACGGCGCCGGGUGGCGAUGUCAGAGAACCGCCAGGCGCGGCACAGGCUGCGAGACAGGUAGCGCGGACACCAGAGCCUUCGAAACCCCCUAUGCCGGGAGCUUGGGGCUCACCGGACGACUCGGUCGCGGACGGUGCGCAGCAGCCGGGGAAAAGCGGCGGCUUGUUUUCCAGCCUUAGCCGCAGGCUCGGCUUUGACAGCCAGGAUGACAGCCGUGAUGGAUCCAGGAAACAGCUCCAACAGUUUGUUGACGACGCACCUCCAGCUGGUCCGUCCAGGCCUGGUGACCGGCCAAACGACGCGAAGCAUCCUCAGAAGGACGACGGACGGGUGACCAGCCCUGCCGUUGUGCAGCAGAAUCUUCUCAACGCCGUCGGUGCCACCCGCGCUCACGGCUCCGACCACGUAUUCUCCGAGCCAACGAUCAACAAGGUGAAGGAGCAAGCCACGUACUGCGACAGCACCCCGGCCCAAAACAUUGCUCUUGCAGCGGAAGCCUCGAACAGCAUCAAGGUUUACGUAGCAAAGACAAUGCACACGGCCGCUGCGGAUUUCCUCGCUGCCAACAUUGGCCCGAUAAACGCCUUUGCGCGGCUGUUGGUCGAAGUCGGAGGCGUCUACUCACUGUCGCCGACAGUUUUGCACAUCUUCUACGACGAAUCGGGAAGCACCAUUGCGUUCAACACGGGCGGCAGCAUCUUCUGCAACUUGCGCUUCUUCCUGCAGCUGCACGCAGCCCAGGUCAACAGCGGUGCUGGAAGAGCCGAGGCAGCGACCUGGUGGUGGGUGGUCCUAGCCCAUGAGCUGGCACACAAUCUUGUUUCCGCACACAACUCGGAUCACAGCUACUAUACGGAAUCUUUUAUCCAGCAAUACAUGAGCAAAAUGAUUGCCAAGGUCUCCGAGGUGGCUGGAGCGACGAGUAAUGCUUCAGCCGCGGCUCCCCUUGCCUCCAUGCCAAGCGCUGCCUCGCCUCAAGGGCCGCCUCCGCCGUAUUCGCAUGGAUCCCAACGGGCGGAAUGA